AUGGAUGAAUGUGAAAAAAAAGACAUUACUUUUUUAAAUACUGAAAUAUUAGAACUCAUUUACACCCUAGCAAUUCAUAAUCAUCAUAAAUUCAUUGAUACAUUACUAAGUAAACUGAAAUUGUCUUAUAGUUAUAAAAAUACAGCUCGUCCCUUUAUUAUAAGGUUGCUUCAAAGAAAUAAAGAUUCUAUUGCAGUGAAAAUAUUUCAAGCCACUCUUGAGAGUAAUUCUGCUGAAGGUGGUAGAAAUCAAGGAAGGUAUAUGGUUGAGCAUUUUGCUGCACACAGAUCCAUAAAAGAUUUAGUAAACUUUUGUAUUAAUAUGGAAAAAAAAGGUUUAAUAUCAAUAGCCAUUUCUUAUGCGAUAAAUGAAGUUCUCAAUAUGGAAGACAGUUCAAAAGCUUUAAAUUUAUUUACUGAAAUGAAGAAUAAAAAUUUGCCUCUGCGAUCACAUUAUUUUUGGCCAUUGUUAAUUAAAGCAUCGAAACAAGGAAAUGAAAACAUUUAUGAAGUAUUAGCCGAAAUGAAAAACAUGAAUGUUCGCCCUUCGGCCACUAAACCUAUUAGUUUAAAAUUUGAGUAUCUUGUGAAAGCAUUGGUGACAAAUUUGCUUAAUGAAAAAAAUGUUGAUUUUUUUGUUAAUGUUAUUCAUCAUUUAAUAAAUAAUUAUAAAAAUUUCAAUGAUUUACCCAAUACUUCGGAAGUAGAUGAUGUGAAUAAUUUGGACUAUAUUCAAGAAGAUUUUCUCACUUGCGUUUUCAGAAAUACUUUAGAAAAAAUUGAUGAAACUUUACUUGAAUCUAUUUUAGAUAAAAUGUUGGAAAAAAAUAUUUAUAUUUCGUCUAAUAUCUCUGAAAUGAUUCUAAAAAAUUUCAGUUCGGAUAAAAUCAAAGAAUUAGUUUCUAAAUUGCCAACAUCAGAUUUAAAGUUUCCUGAAAGGGUUUCUCAGUUAAAUAAACUGAUUCAAGACAAGAGGAUUUCAGAUGUAGUUGAAAUUUGUUAUACACUAUCAACACAAGAUAAAAGUGAUUACAGACAAUUUUUAAUGAAUCUUUCUAAAACGGGAGAUGUUGAAGCCGUUAAUGAUUGUUUUGAAGUUGGUAAAACAUUAAAUAUAGUGAGAGAAAAUAGAUACUAUCCUUUGGUUUCUGCACUGUAUGAAGAAGCUGUAGAUUUGUUUUGUAAAAAAGCUCUGAAAACCAAUCAACUCUGGGGAUUUAAAACAUUUAUUGGAAAACUAAUAGAAAUUCAAAACUCUGUAUUACUACAAAAAGUUUUAGACACUGCAGCAAAAAUUAAAGGUAUUACAUUUACCUCGACAAUAGUUAUUUAUCAAUUUGCUAAAUUAGGAAAAGUUAAUGAACUGAGAAAACUUAUGGCUGAUCGUCUUUAUGAAGAUGGCGAUUCAAAUGGUUUAAAAAAUUUGAUAGAAGGAUGUAGUAAAUUAAGUUACUUAGAUUUACAAUUCUUGUAUGAAAAUUUAUUUGAAAUUUAUAUAAAAGAAAAAAACUUUGAUGAAAUUCAAAAACUUUGGCUAUGUUUAGAAGAAAAAAAUAUUUUUUUAAAUCAGAAAAUUGUUGAAAAAAUAGAAGAGUUUUGUAAAAGUAUCAACAAACCAUUUCCACCCUUCAUAUUGACACAGGUAAUAAAAAUAAACCAAGUAUAG